GUGUAUUCGUGAUGCUCGGGCCUAUGUAUAGCAUCGUCGCUUGGCUCUAAUCUUGUGUGCGUUACGGCACCGAGAAAAAAAGAACGGAGUGCGCGAGAGCGAGAGAGGGACCAGUAGGCAAAUCUUGUCGCAGUGUUUACCGUGAAUGUACAACAGUUUUUUCGUGUUGUAUUUAUUGAAAUACACAGUAGUGCCAGUGUGAUUAUACGCGGUGAACGUGCCGAACGCACGUUCGUAAAGCGGCCACAUCGAUUCAGCAGCGGAGAGAGUCACGCUGUUGUGUGUGCCUGUCUCGCGAUCGCGGGGGCAGAAUAAAAUAAUAAUUAUAAUAAUAACGUAAACAAAGUUUUAAAGUCCCGUUCGCCAUGUCCGCGGAAGUUGUCGACAGCGAGGCCGGCGUCGACCGGCUCGAGGACGAGCGCCAGUCGUCGCCCGGCGCCGAAAAACAGUGCCAACAGCAGCAAACGAGCGUCGUCGAGGAGCAGCUCGCUGCCGCUAGUCCUGCGGCCGAAGAAAAACAAUCGGACAGCUCGAGUAGUCAGCAGGCCACAUCGAGAAAGCGCGCGCACGAAGACAGCGAGCCCGUGCCGAAGAAAGUAGCUCGCACGGAACUGGACGACACCUCGAAGGAUUCAAACGUCCCUUCAGAUCUAUCCACAACUUCCAAAAACCGAGACAAUGUUAAUGCAACUGAUUCAAAUCAACAUUCUGGACAGUCCACUGUGCCUGCCGACCACACAAACAUUGUUGCCAGUCAUUACAAUCAACUGGAAGAAAAAGGUCUUUCUCAGAGAAAUCAAAGCAGGAUCAUUCACAUGAGAAAUUUUAAUAAUUGGCUCAAGAGUACGCUUAUCAAGGAGUACAUUGAUAAAACUAAGCAGAAGAAAAGCCUUAAUGAUCCUUUGAAAGUAUUAGAUAUGUGCUGUGGUAAAGGUGGUGAUUUGUACAAAUGGAGGGAUGGACACGUUACACACGUAAUCUUUGCUGACAUUGCUGCAGUAUCUGUUGAACAAUGUCAAGCUCGGUAUAGGGACUUGGGCAACCGAAGAUAUCCUCCACUAUAUACUGCUGAAUUUUUGGCCUACGACUGUACAAAGGUUCGACUAAGAGAAAAGUAUAAGGAUGUCACAGUGCAAUUGGACUUAGUUAGUUGUCAAUUUGCCUUUCAUUAUAGCUUUGAAUCGCUACAACAAGCAGAAUGUAUGUUUAAAAAUGCUAGCGAAAGUUUGAAGGCAGGUGGCUACUUCAUUGGUACAAUUCCAAAUGCCUAUGAAUUAAUGUCAAGGUACCAUAAAGCUGAUGGUAAAAAAAUUGGCAAUGAUGUUUAUAGCAUUGUGUUUCAAUUUGACAAAAAUGAUGUUCCUCUUUUUGGUGCAAAAUACCAUUUCCACUUAGAAGGUGUUGUUGAUUGUCCAGAAUUUCUUGUGUAUCCACCAAUGUUCGAAAAACUUGCUUGGAAAUAUGGUUUGGAAUUGGUGAUGUUUGAAAAGUUUGAAGAUUAUUAUGAAAGACAGAAAAAUGAUGGCAAAACUCGACUAGGUAAAAUGCAGGCUUUAGAGACUUAUCCACCAAGUCAAGAUGUUCCUUUAAGAGGAAAAGUACCAGAAGAUUAUCAACAUGCUAUUGAGUAUAUGCAAAGUUCCACUGGGCAUCGUAAAAUUGGAACUCUUUCUCAAGCCGAAUGGGAUGCUAUAACAUUAUAUUCUGUUUUUGCUUUUCAAAAGGCAAAAACCCACUGGAAUGCUGAAGGAAAACCUGAAUAUAUAAAAACUUAAAGCUAAACAAUAUUUGUUUGCUUUCUCAAUUGUAAAUGUAAUUAAUUAACUGCUAGCAAAUUUGCUUGAAUCAAUUCUGUAUAAAUUUUUUGUUAAAAUUGAAUCGUUAGUAUGAGUAUGAAUGAGUAUGCUACUUGUACUGUUUUAAAUGGAUUAUAAUCAUGUUUCUUUUUUCCACAAAAUCAAUCAAUAUUAUGUGUGAUUUCUACAACGCUUUUUAUAUACAAAAAAUUAAUUGUUUAUAGUGACUUUCCAUUUUGCUAUGGAAGUAAUGAUUUGUUUUGUGUCUUUGUGAUUUUGUAUUGACUUUUUUUAAUCAAUUCAGCUUGACGGAUAAAUCAUCUCGUCAAUUUGUAUAUUUGUUUAUACAAAAAAUAUAAAAAGUAAAAAAUAA